UCGAGAGGCGGGGGGAGCGGUUAAGUUCGCCGCUGAAGCGAACACAUUUGGGGCGGGGGUUGGAACCUCCGCAACUCGGGCGGUCCAGGCGGCUACUGCCGCCACGGGGCAUGCGGCGCUAGAUGGGGGGCGCGCAGCCGCGGCACUUGCCUUGGCGUCCGCAGCGCCUGCUCCCGUUAUGCAGGCCGCGCUCCAGCUGCUGCUCCAGAACUUGCCGCAGGCGAACAAGGCGGGGAGAAGAAGGGAGAUUAGCUUGCCGUAG